CAAUCAAGUUAGAAAUUAUCUCAACUGGGUCCCACAACAAGGAAGGACCACCUCCUCCCUCAAAGACAACCUCUUCUCUUCUAGUCUUCUUCAGUUCUUUUCUUUCCCAUCAAGCUUAUUAUCAGCAAACAGAGUCAUUUCCCCCAAUUGCCCCUCUCUCCCUUCACUGCACUCCCCUUCCCAACAAUGGCCGCCAUUGAUUCUCCCCCACUGAAGCUACACGCCUUCCUGAUUGCAUUUACCUCCAAGCUCUUCCUUCCAUGAAGAAAGUUCCACACUCUAAAGUCUAAACUCACUCACCAUCUAAAUAAUUUCCCCCGGAAAUUUCUCCUCUGGCUCCCGUAUAUAUAUCUCAUAGCCCGAACCCUUUUCACUUCAUCCCCUGAUCAUCAAAAACCCAUAAUUUUUCUUUUUCAAUCAGGGAAGAGAUAUGGAUCUGGAGGAGUGGGAAGUUCUCCCUCGAGACGCAAGCUUCUUCGAUUUCGGUGACGAUGGUGGUGGCAAGAGGGUUUCAUCCCCUGCAAAAUCAUCGUCAAGGAGAGGUUCUUCUUCUACCUCCUCUCCUUCUUAUUCUUCAAUGAGCCCUAAUUAUACUGUUUUAGACAUGAAUUACUUCAUCUGCCCAUCUUCUCCACCUAAGAGCUCAAUCUCAAGGGUUGUGCUUCCCAUCGAAUUGGAACCAACAGAUCAAUCGACCCCACCACAGGAGGAACAGCUCACAGAUUCUCGUAGUACUAGGACGAUGAUGGUGAUCCCAAAAGUUAGUAAAGUUCCAACCUUCACCGGAUCUGAUGAUGCUGCUGAUCAGGACUCCGUUUCCCAAGUUUUCUUCAAGAAGAUGACGGAGAAUGAAUUUGUCGACAUGAAACUGGACUCACCAAAGUCCCUAACCAAGUCAUCUUCAUCGUCAUCCCUUUUAUCCUCCCCCAAAUUUGAUGCUGGCAAGUUUGGCUUUGAGGACAGUAGUGAUACUAAUGAUCCAAGCUUGGAGAAGGAGGGAAUUCGGUGGGUAGAGGGUAGUGGCGGAAAUGGUGAUACUGGUGGUGGUUUGAACCUUUGGAAGUGGAGCUUGCACGGGGUUGGAGCCAUUUGUUCAUUUGGGAUUGCUGCUGCUACUGUUUGCAUCAUCAUCUUUGGCAAUCAUCAGAGGAACAAGCAGCAGAAGAGGGAGCAGCAGAUUAGGUUCCAGGUUUACACUGAUGACAAGAGGAUUAAGCAGGUGGUUCAACAUGCAACAAGGUUCAAUGAUGCUAUCUCAGCUGUGAGAGGGGCUCCUAUUGCAAGGGCUCAAGUCACAUUUGGUGGCUAUUAUGAUGGCAUUUAAAUCUUGUUUACUCAGUUUAUUGGGAUGGAUCACCCUAUAAUUAGGGUUUUGUACAUAUAAAUAUAAGUAUAGUAGCUAUCGUAGUUGAUGAUAAAUUUUUGUUUUUGCUUGAGAUAUUCAAUAUUCCAAUGUGUACCUGUUGGGGCCGUUUGAUAGAAGAGGCCAGUUAACAAUGGGGUAGCAGGCUAGCAGCUAGCAGGUUCGUUAUUGUGGAAUUUACUUAAGCAUGAUUAAUAUCGUCUAAUAUAGUAUUAUAUGCCAUCUUUGGAUAAACAAAUUGUAUCUAACUUUUGGGUGGGUGUUGGAUUGGAUAUGAUUCACACCUGGCAUGAAGAAUCUCGCCAUUGGUUUGCACUUCAACACUUGUGUUUAGGCAAUCCAAAAUAACAGGUUGGCGUAUUUUUAUGUAAUAUUCUAUUUUGGGAUUAUUCAAAAUAUUUUAACAUAUGAUGGGGAAG